AUGAGAAGAAUCGACGAUAGAUGGACUAAAGGAACGCUAGAGUGGAUCCCAAGAGACGCUAAACGCCCUCGAGGGAGACCGCCAACGAGAUGGGGUGACGUGAUCGCUACACGGAUGGACCAGCUGAGAGCUCAGCUGGAUACGGCUCAAGGACCUCGUCAACGUCACUCACGAAACUUGAGAACAUCUUGGAUGACAAUGGCGAGGGAAAGAAACGAGUGCAAGAGAUUCUGGGGCCCGCACGUCCAGCGAAGACGAGUCAUCUAA